UUCUUCCCUUUCUCUCUUCGGGAAUGACGAAAGUUUGGCAGUUUGCGAACUGAUGCUGUCAUUAACCGUCCAAUCCUAUCCAUCCCUCCUCGGCCCGGUUCAAAUAAACUUGAGACAGCCUAACGGUGUCCGGUCGAAUAUUUUAUUACUCACCCUCCCCAUGCGGAUGAUGAUGAUGAUGAUUCUGCUGCUGCUGAUGAUGCUGCUGAAAGGAGAGUAAUGACGGUGUAACCCCAGCUCUUGGGCUGGAAAGCGGCCGAUCAAUCAUCAUUGGCACUUUGGUGGGCUCCUGAUCCUGCCGCUUCCCGGCGACUAGCUUCCUGCAUCAUGCUUCC